AUAUUAUAAAUCAAAUUAAAUUUUGUAAUUAUAAAAGUGUGGUGCCACAAAGAAAAAUAAUAGUGAAUGCUUAAUAGGCAAGUCAGAAAUAUCAGAAGGCUAAAGUCCAAUCCAGCCGACAAUGGAUCCUCCCUCCUACAUCCACCACCACCACCACCACCACAACCACAACCACCACGCCAACCACCCCAGGUACGUCCCUUUCUCUCCAACUGCUCCUCUUCACCCUCAUCGCCCUCCCCCUCAGCCUCUACCUCCCUAUCAACAGAGUCCUACCGACCUCCACCCUUCCCGCCACCACCUUCCUCCACAAAUUCGGCCUCCUCCUCCUCCUCCUCCUCUACCCCAACAAAAUCAACAGCAAACUUACCAACCUCUUCCUGCCCCACCCCCUCCUCUUCCGCGACAGCAGUAUUCUAAUCAUCCGCCUUACAACCCUCAUCAUCCUCAAUACUCUUCCAGUUCCAAUUUCAAUUCUAACCCUAAGCCUACCCAUGUUUCCCACCAAUUCCACGAUGUCCCUCAACGGCGUCUACCCGAAUUCGAUACCCGCCCUGAUUACUGGCCUGAAAAUCGGGUACCGAGGCCCCAUCCGGUUUCCAAUUUGGAUCGGGAGGCCCUUUAUCAUCAGUUUGAUCGGAGACCCGCCUCUCCUGUUAUUGAUAGGUUUAUGCAUGAUUUAGUGGGAACUUCUAGGUUUAGAGAUCUAGAGCUGAAUCAGAGAGAAAGAGAGGGUAGGGUUCACAAUGAUCGGUGGAUUUCUGAUAGAUCUUCUAGGGAUUUUGGGAUUGUUUCAAUUGGAUUUGAAUCCAAUUCGAAUAAUUCAAGAUUUGAUCAUGAGGCUACUGAAAAUAUUAGAUGGGGAUCGCGUUUGCGUGAGCCGUUGAUUGAAAGUGGAAAUGAUGAGAUAAAUGAAAGAGAUGAGAUGAGAGUUUUUUCGAGAAAAAAUGAUUAUUGUGAUCCAGAAGCAGAGAGGUUUAGUGAUAAGGGAAGUGGUAGAGAGGGUAACCAUGAAUUUAAUCGCACUCCACGGAAGCAAAUACAGAAGAAGAGUGCUUUUCUUAGGAUUCAGAAGGUGAAACCGAGUCAUAGGAGUAGGGAAGAUGAGAGAUCACAUUACUUGGGUUAUCAUAAUGAGGGGAAAACUGGUACUUUUAGAGGAAAAGAUUCGGUCUUACAGUCGGAUCAUGGGAUGGAUGAAAAAAAGAGAGAAGGUACCCCUGUAGAGCUUGAUGUGUCUUUCAAAUCAAAUUCUUUGGUGGCAAAGGCAAUUGUGACUUCUAGUCCUGCUCCAAAUUUCGAUUCGAAUUUGAUGCCUAGGAACACCAAAAUUAGGAAACUUACAACAUUUGAUAUUGUUAGUUCGAGUGCUCAACCUAAUAAGGGCAGUGAGAGUACUGCAAAAUUAGGUGGUUCCACUUCUGCUGUAAAGAGUGGUUCUGGGUCUGUGGACUCUAAGCAGUCUGAGGGAAAAAUCAAAUCUUCUGAUACUGGUAAAGCUCAGGAUGGCAUUAGAAAGCCUUGCUCAAAAGGAACCAAGGUUUUCCUUAGAAAGGGCAAGGUCAAAAAGUCUCCUAAGGUUACUGUAACUGAAGAUGCUCCCAAUUCUGACAAGAAACUGAGACCAUUAGAGGGGAAAGGUAUUAUUCCUUGUAUUGGUAGUAAGGGAGAUGGUGGUGUGGAAACUAGUUCUAGCAGUGUCAACAUUUCGGUUGGAGAGAAUAAAGUGGGAGGGACUGUUAAGAGCACUGUUUCAGAUAAAACCACUGCUACUGUUGGUAAAUCAUCCUCCCUCAAGGCUAACAAGAAGAAAAUAAUUGUGAGGAAAGUGGUGAAAAAGGUUGUUAGUUCUCCGUCGAAUCUGGGAAAUUCUGAAUUAGCAAAGAAGGGUGAUCAACUUGUUAAGACAGAUAUCUCUAUUCAACGCGCAUCUGCUAUCCCUGUGGCUGAAAAAUGUGUUUUGCCUCUAAAAAUGAAAGUUGCUUCUGCCUCUGGGGAUUCAGUGCAGGGUGUUGAUUCAGAGUGUUCUCCUCAGGAAUCAGCUCUGAUUCUUGAAGAUGACAAAGUGAAUGAAGCGUCAAAAGGCACAGGCUCAAAGAAGGUUUCCACUGAUGUUGAUCCUGGUAGUUCAGUUUCACCUAAGAUUAAGAGAAAGAGAAACAUCUCAACUGUUGCUUUGAAUUCUUCAAGUCAGGGAGAGACCAAUGUCGAUCAGGGUUCUACUAAUGCUGGUAAUUCUGUCCCUGGUCUGCAUAUCAUUUCAAAUAUCAAGGUGGAUCAUACUGAAAAACCAAAUGAGACUAUUACAUCUGGCAGUUUUGGUGUUGAGGAUCUAAACACACGGUUUUACCAUAAUGAAAAUAACAUUAAUUAUGGUUUGUCAAGAUCAGAGGACAUCAAAGCUCAUGGGGGUAUUGUAGAUAUAGGUAGUUCUUCUGUUGCAAUGCCUAUCUCCACAGGUUUUGACUGUGGUUCAUCUAGCUCUCUGGAGAAAAAUAUUGUUUGUGACAUUGGCGAUGCCAAUUCCGGUAGCAGGCAUGUUUGUACAACUCCUUCCAGUCCAGUAGUUGAGGAUCGUGCUAAUGGGGGAUUACCUGAAGCUAAUUGUUCAGUAGGAAGUGAUAAAAUGCCCCUUCUGCCAUGUAUGGAGGAAACUUAUGUUAGUAGUGGUUCCAUUUAUGGAGAUUGCUUCAACCAUGACAAAAGUACAACCAGCACUCCUGAUAUUGUUUAUGUUAAUACAGGGGAGAGGAACCAUGAGAUAGGCCAUGAUUUAGUGCUAUCUCUCGGGUUUUCUGGCACAGGAAUCCCCAAUGCUGUGGAAUCAGUAGAAUGCAGAGAUAAAUAUGCAGCUAACAUCCAUAAACGAAAAGUUGGCAUUAGUGAACUAGAUUUGUCAAGCUCAGCACUUGCAAGCAUUUCUGUAGGAUCUGCAGAUGUGCUUACCUCUGCAAAUUGUGUGGACAGUACCAUAUGUGCAUCUGAAAUAGAUUUGAAUCCUGCUGAACCUAUGGUUGGUGCUAUUGGGUUGCUUGAUGUUGGUUUACGGCAUUCUAGAGAUAAAGAUAGUAUUUUGCAGGGGAGCAGUUCAAAUAAUACCUUUCCAGAGAUUGGUGGUAGUGCAGAUGGAAAGUCUCCUGAGAAGAAAAAGAGAAAAAUCUCUACCUCCAGUUCUAGUUUGACAUCACCUGUAAUCAGAAAGAGUGUUGUAGUUUCUGAUAUCUUUAAAUCUGCUGCACAAAUACCUUCUAACUUUACUGAUGAUCUACUGCAAUUGGAACCAGAAGUUAAAGUAUCUAGUACUGUUAAAGUAUCUAGUACAGACGAUCUUCAUGCAGAGGGGAUUGAUUUGUUGCAUGUAAAUGGUUCAGCAGCUGGACCUUCUGAGGAUGUUGGAUCUUUUAGUGAUGCCUGCAGGGGCAAUCCCCCAAAGAUUGAUCCUUCAGCUUUUGCUGAGUCAGUUGCUCCAAGUUCCCCAUGCCUUCAUCCAUUAGAGUUGGGAGGUGAGCAGUUUUCAACUGGAACACCAGUUUCUGCUAUAAGUAACCAUCAAAGUGAUGCUAUGGAUAUUGAAGGUGAUGACAGGGGGAAAGUGCUUGUUGAUACUUCAGAAGAGCGAAAUAUCAUUUCUAGUGAAGUAACUCAAUGCAGAAUUAUUCCAGAACAUGUGUCUUUCGGCUUGGAUAAAAGGUUAAAUGGAAUAGAUGCAGAUGAUGACAAUCAUCUUCCUCUGAAGGAUGAUUUACCUUCCACCUCAAACUCUUUGAUUUCUGUUGUUGAUGCUAAUGAAGUGUCUGCAACCAACUCCAAUGAUGAAGCUAUGCCUGCACCUGAUAUACUUUGUGAUGUCGGUUCUCUCAGUAAUCUAGUUUUAAGCACAUCAACUUGCAAAGGACAUCUUUUUAAUUCAGAAGAGAAGACUUAUGACAAUGAAACACUUUCAUAUGAUGAGCCUGUAAUUGAAGGUUCUUGCAACUCAUCUGCCCAUGUGUCAGAUCCACAGCAUAGCAAAACUAUUUUGAAGUCAAAUGAUGUAAUUCAAACCAAUCAAUCAAGUGCUGGGAAGGCAGGUUUGUUGCCAUCGUAUGAUUCUGAAAGUACCAUUUCCCUCAAUUUCCUUAGUGGAGAAACACAGGGGAGGAAACCACAGCUUAGUCAUGUUGUUCCCAAGAGUUAUCCUACUCGUUCUUCAUUUGUUUCUUCUGCUUCCAAGAAUGCUACAUCUUCUACCAAAAUCACAAAGCCCCGGACAUGGCAUCGAACUGAUAAUUCUUCUGCCUAUCCUUUAUCAGGAAACAAACCUUCCUUAAGUGCCAAUCCUAUGCGAAGGCAGAUGCCGACUUACAUUCGUAAAGGUAACAGUCUUGUUAGAAAACCUACACCAGUCCCUGCUCCUCCCCUGGGUUCUCAUUCUUUGAGUUCAUCGGUUUACCGGCUUAAGUCUGGGAUAGUGGAUGAAAUGAAGAAGGGUACAGGACCAAACAAUAGAGCUGAUGCUGUUGACUUGAGAACAGCAGGUGCAAAUACCAUUUUUGAGAGGCCCACAACACCCCCAUUAUCGAGUGUCACCAAAGUACCAAAGCAUAUUUCUAAUUCAUCAGGAGAGUGUACAUCUUCCCCUUUAGCAGAGCCUUCUGCUAGUGAUUUCAAUGAAACUACAACAAAUCAUCCAAGUUCUAUGGAAAUAAAUGAUGAGCUCAAAUCCCCAGAGGAUGGACCGAAGACUUUAGAAACACUAAACAGAAAUGGUUCAGCUAACAAUUUGGAAGUCUUGAAUGAGCAAAAUGAAAGUGGCUUGGUUCCUUCAAAUGAAAAGAGGGUGACAUAUGUAAAGCCUAAAUCAAAUCAAUUGGUUGCAACUUCAGAUUCUGAUCACACCUCUAUCGUUGAUGUUGAUAAGAACCAAUCCCUUUCUGCUUCCUCUGAUGGCUAUUACAAGAAAAGAAAAAAUCAGCUAAUUAGGACUGCCCUUGAGAGUCAUAUGAAGCAGGCAGUUACCUCGUCUGAUGACAUCUCCAACUCAGUGAGAGAAAUAGCUGCUAAGGUUAUUUCCAGUAGAACUUUUGGUAAGAGAAGAUCCAAUAAAGUUGUAGCAAAGACCCAUAAACCUUCCAAAUUCUCUCUGGUCUGGACUCCACAUAGUGCAAGGUUAUCAAAUAAUGAUGGGAGUUCACUAUGUUACCCGAAGGUCCGCCCGCAACUGUUUCCCUGGAAAAGAAUGGCACACAAGAGAAGCUUUAAGUUGAACUCAGUUUCUUCCUACAGUAGUUCUUUAUCUACAAUUGGAAGGAAAAUGCUGCUAUUGAGAAAGAGAAAUACUGUUUAUACACGGUCAAUUAAUGGAUUUUCAAUUCACAAAUCAAAGGUGUUAAGCGUUGGUGGUUCUAGUUUGAAAUGGUCAAAAUCUAUUGAAAGGCAUUCAAGGAAAGCUAAUGAGGAAGCUACUCUAGCAGUUGCUGAAGCUGAAAGAAAGAAAAGAGAACAAAAUGGCAAUGUUUCUAGGACAGGCAAAAAAGGUCUCUCUUGCCACAAGGUUCAUGGUACAGAAGUUCGGCGAGGCGAACGAAUAUUCCGCAUUGGUUCAGUGCGCUACAAAAUGGAUUCUUCUAGGCGUUCCCUUCAGAGGAUAUCAGAUGAUGCGUCGUCAUGCUCUGCUAGUCAGCAAUCAGAAAACAGUACCAAAAAGUCUUAUGUCCCAAGGAGACUAGUCAUCGGGAAUGAUGAGUAUGUUCGAAUUGGCAAUGGCAACCAGCUUGUUAGAGAUCCAAAGAAGCGUACUCGUGUUUUGGCAAGUGAGAAAGUUCGUUGGAGUUUGCACACUGCAAGGUUACGGUUGGUUAAAAAGCGCAAGUACUGUCAAUUUUUCACAAGGUUUGGGAAAUGCAACAAAGAUGAUGGAAAGUGUCCCUAUAUUCACGAUCCCUCCAAAAUUUCUGUAUGCACAAAAUUUCUCAAGGGUCUAUGUUCAAAUCCCAACUGCAAAUUGACUCAUAAGGUCAUUCCAGAACGAAUGCCUGAUUGUUCAUAUUUCCUGCAAGGUUUGUGCACAAACGAAAAUUGUCCUUAUAGACACGUGCAUGUGAAUCCAAAUGCCUCCACUUGCGAAGGAUUUCUUAGGGGCUAUUGUGCUGACGGUAAUGAGGUAGUGCCUUAUCAUCUUGGAAAUGCUAUUUUGUGCCGGAAGAAGCACAGCUAUGUCUGUCCGAAUUUUGAAGCAACAGGGUCCUGCCCCCUAGGAUCUACAUGCAAGCUUCACCACCCCAAAAACCGAAGUAAGGCAAAGAAAAGCAAAAGGUCAAUGGAACACAAUACUGCUCGUGGGCGUUAUUUUGGUAUCGACAUUUCAGAACCGAAAAGAAUGGGAUUGGAAAGACAACAGGAGGUACUAGAGGAAGACAACAUUUGCUUUGAUGGGAAAUUCUCUGAUUACAUUAGCCUGGGUGUUAGCGAAGAUGAAGUGGGGGGACUUCAUCAAGCGAAUUGUGACGAAACAAGCUUUGGUGACAAUGAUUCGACUGUUUUACAAUCUGAAGAUUUGGAUGAGUUAAUCAAACCCAUUCGUAUAAUGAGUGAGUGUAAAAUAACAGAAUCAUUUCUGGUUACUGAAUCUUCAAGUGGUAAGCAUUUAGCCAUCCAAUAGAGGAAUUGAAAAUGUUGUAUAGAGAGAGCGAGCAACCUUUUUAUGUAUUUUUAGCUUUCUGAGAAAUAUUUAGCAUCCAUCCAUAGGCUUUCUUUUUUCUCUUUUGUUUAAAAUUUGCAUUUUUACAGCAUAGUAUAUGUUGUCAUGUGUACCUUGUAACAAAACAGAAAUGUAGAAAUAAAAAAUGACGAAUUGGAGUUGAGCAAUA